UCACCGGCAUGCAUCAUCUAGUUCUCUCAGUAGUUGUAAUUACUGUUAUCGUUAUAUACGUAGUGCUUCCAUUGAUAUUUCGGUACUCUGCAACUUUCCAACGACAACUCGUUUUUCUGCCCUAUACUACAAGUUUGCGAUGGCCAAUCAAAGUGAAUUAUAGUCAACCAAAGAUACACGGAUUGAAAGGGGCGAGGAAUUUCUACAUUUCUAUAGAGCCCAAAGUACACGUAGGUGCCUGGCAUGUCUUACCCAGAGACCUGGUUGAUACACUUUCUGACAACACUGAACAAUCUUUAGCUAAUGGCAAUCCAAUCGUACUGUAUUUACAUGGCAAUUCAGGCUCUAGAGCUACCGGUCAUCGUGUGGAGCUCUAUAAACUCUUGCAGUUUCAUAACUACCACGUCAUAGCAUUUGAUUAUCGAGGUUUUGCAGAUUCUACACAAGUUUUGAUGACAGAAAACGGGGCCACAAUAGACGCCAUUCGUGUGUACGAAUACAUUCGACAGUUCUCUGGAAAAUCGACGGUCAUCGUAUGGGGCCAUUCGCUGGGCAGUGCAGUAGCCAUUAAAAUGGUGGCUGAAUUGUGUGCUGUCAAACAAUCACCUGAUCGCUUGAUUUUAGAAUCGCCGUUCAAUAAUAUUCGUGAUGAAUUUCGAAACCACCCACUAACUCUAAUCUAUCGUCCUUUGUCUGUCGUCGACCGGUUUUUCACCGAGAGGCUGGAAACGAACAACGUAGCAUUUGACAGUGAUGUUCACAUAGCCGGCGUUGAGUGCCCCACUCUUUUCCUUCAUGCGAGUGAUGAUCGCAUUGUCCCCAUUUCCCUAACCAGAAAGCUGUACGAGGCGGGUUUAAAAUCACGGCCAUCUAAUGCUGCAGCUUUACAAUUUAUUGAAUUCCCACCAGAUUUGCAUUGCGGUCAUGAAUGCAUUUACAGUGCUCCUCAAUUGCCUUCCAUUAUCCAGCAGUUUGUUGAUGUAGACCGUUUUUGAAAGAGAGCUGCGUAGGCCUAUGUAUGCAUAACAACCCAUAAUAAUCAGGUGACAUCUAAUACACGCUGCCAUUCAAGAUUUAAUUUCUUAUUCUCGUGACAUUCCCCCUGUUUGACAUAUUCCUUUUGCAUGCCUGAACCCACUUCAUCAAAACCUGUAAUUUGACCUGUUCGUUCGAAAGUUGUCCCCUUCUUUUCAGUGAAUUACGAUAGGGGUAGAUGAGCUUUCCCCUUUUUUUGAAGACAUGAAAUAAAAAAGAAAUACCACAGUGAGGCUGUCACCCUUUUCACUAUAACUCUUUGUCUUCGUGAGCUCGAAACAAAAGGCA